AUGCACUUCACUUCGCUGCUCGCCACCACCGCCGUCGCCGCCGUCGCCUCCGCCCACGGAGAUGGUCCCGAGGGCAUCCCCAAGCUCUUUGGUCGCAGUGCCAUUGCCGACCUGAAGGCCAGGAACAUCUUUGGUGGCAUUCCCGCCCAGCCCGAUCACCACCACGCUCCCAUCAAGCGCCAGGACGUCGGCGGCACCGAUGGCCAGUGCGGCGAGGGCUAUGGAUCCUGCAACGAGGGCUACUGCUGCUCUGCUGCCGGUUGGUGCGGCGUCGGCACCGACUACUGCAUGUCUCCGGAUUGCCAGUUCAACUAUGGCCCGGCCUGUGACGCCAAUGCCAUGCCUGCUGGAGACAACACCACUUCCGUCACCCGUGACCUGAAGGGUUCCGUCGAGUAUGGUGGCGCUGGUAUCUACGACUGUGUCGUGAACGGCCAGGUUGCCCUGACCUACGACGAUGGCCCGUACAUCUACACCGACGGCAUGCUCGACGUCUUGAAGAAGUACAACGCCAAGGCUACCUUCUUCAUUACCGGCAACAACAACGGCAAGGGCGAGAUCGACAACGCCGCCUACGGUUGGGACACCGUCAUCAAGAGGAUGUACUCCGAGGGCCACCAGAUCGCCUCCCACACCUGGAGCCACCAGGAUCUGAGCGCCAUCACCUCUGCUCAGCGCAAGGACCAGAUGAUCAAGAACGAGAUGGCCCUCAGGAACAUCCUCGGCUUCUUCCCCACCUACAUGCGUCCCCCGUACUCUUCUUGCACCGCCGAGUCCGGCUGCGAGGACGACCUGAAGGCUCUGGGCUACCACAUCACCUACUUCGACACGGACACCGAUGACUAUGACAACACUACCCCGGACAAGAUCCAGAACGCCAAGGACAACUUCUCCAACGCCCUCUCUGGCAAGGACGCGGCCAGCAACGACUUCUUGGCCAUCGCUCACGACAUUCACCAGCAGACGGCCCAGAACCUGACUGAGUUCAUGCUCCAGACUCUUCAGGCUGCCGGUUACACUGCCGUCACCGUCGGCGAGUGCCUUGGCGACGACGAGGCGAACUGGUACCGUUCGUCCAGCGGCAGUGUCUUUACCUCUGCCACCUCUGCUGUCCCCACCGCCACUAGCACUACUUCGACCGCCCCCACUGCUACCGCGACGAAGAUCUCCGAGGAUGCUACUUGCGGUGGCACCACUGGCUCGACCUGCAAGGGCUCGACUUUUGGUGACUGCUGCUCUCCCGCCGGAUGGUGUGGCUCGACUGAUGCCUACUGCGGCGCUGGCUGCCAGUCUGCCUUUGGCACUUGCGGAUCCACCACGGGUCAAGUAAGCUCCAUUUCUGCUGUUUCUACUACGAUCUCUUCCGUUUCGUCAUCUUCUUCUACUUCUGGGGGUGCCUCGUCGCCAACAUCUGGUGCCAAUCUCAAGGUGUCUACCGAUGGAACCUGCGGCGGAACCACUGGUUUCACCUGCACUGGUUCGACUUUCGGAGAUUGCUGCUCCGCUGCCGGCUGGUGUGGCUCCACGAGCGACUACUGCGGCACGGGGUGCAACUCUGAGUUUGGCACCUGCGGCACCUCCUCAGUAACCCCUUCCAGCCCGGCCACAGGAUCUAGCACCGGAGCAUCGACGCUGACAAGCUCGACAGUAAAAGCAUCGUCGCCCGCUGCCUCUUCCAGCAGCAUCGCCACGACUGCCACGACCUCGACGGCUAUUGCUCCCACCGCCACGUCCAAGGCCAGCACCAACGGCCUCUGUGGCUCGCGCAACGGCGGCACGACGUGCGCGGGCUCCAGGUUCGGCGGAUGCUGCAGCAUCCUCGGCACCUGUGGCUCGUCAAUGUUCUCUUGCGGCCUUGGCUGCCAGAAGAGCUUUGGCAGCGGAUGUUAUUUUUGA